AUGGGGCACACGAAUGAUACUUUCAAUGGCAGACCUUCACUUCUGUCACAAAUUACUUCCUUUGACGAGUAUUCUUCAUCCUGCCCGCCGCUUCCUCCCGGUGCGUCGAGCCAGAGUCUACGCCCAAUCGCACCAAUACCACUGCAGAUACAGCAGCAGGAGUAUUAUGCACCGAGGAAUUCCUCUUACGCCCCCUCCGGUAGUCCUUUCACAGCUUCUCAGGCAAGCGAGAGUCUCCUCGCAGGUCCUUCCACUGCUCCUGUACAUGCAAGCAACCCAGGCCCAUCGCAACCGGGCUCGUACUGGGUCUAUGCAGAUGGUAGGGGUCAUCUUCCAUAUGGACUUGCACAGCGCCAUGGUUCUAUUUCAGGGCCAGAUCCUGGAUACCAGCGCUGGACUAGCGCUCUUACCGCUGAACAGAUGCGGAACGCAUCUCCUCUAAUACGGUCAAAUACUCUAGCAUCAUUCGAUCCAGCAUCAUCGGCCUUAAAUUAUCAAGUGCACGGUGAAAACUUGCCUCCUGUGGGACUGCCGAACCACGCACCUGCAUCUCAAUUCAAUGUCACCACAGGAGGUGUUACUCCGCUUACACCCACGCAGAUCGCCGCCUUCGAGGGUCAACCACUUCCUCCCGACCAUCCCUACUACUCAGAGGUGAGAGCACACAUCCAUGACACCACAUCGGGAACAGCUUCACAGGAACAUGAUCCCACGAGAUAUAGUGUUCAGGGAUUUAUUCAGCGUCCCUCUUUCAACUUGAGCAUACCCACGAUCAUUCAGUCGCCAGCACCUGUAUCUGCUUCCCAGGCUAACUUCGAAGAGGAAGAAGAUGAAGACGACCCAUGGGAUGUAGAGAUGGAACAUGAAGAGAGCAGCGUUCAACCAUCAGAGCAGUCCAAGCAGGACCUAAGCAAAAUGCUUGUCAUGCAUGCAUCGCGUGACGAGCGGCGAGGUACAAGAAGUUUUACCACAUUCUUGAAUGACAAAAACGUCUUAGCUUCCUAUAGACCUUCCCAUUCUGCUUUACCCCAAGCGGACGAAAAAGCUGCUCGUAUAUUCUGUCAUUUCGUUUCGUCUACAGGUCCUAGUAUCACGAUUUUUGAGCGUUCUUCCUCUCAGUUACCUUUGCCCGCCGGCCUCGCAGCAAUAUCUGGAUCCCGACAGCCUCUAUGGACCUACACUUUGCCUAGCCUUGCCCUGGAUCAUCCACCGCUCAUGCAUGCCAUGCUAGCUUUGGCAGCAUUACAUAUCUCGAAGUUGCAGCAAACUUCCCCUGGGCCGUCUAUAAAGCAUUUCACCUAUGCUCUGCGCCGACUCGGGCGUCUUAUCGGGCUCCCCAAGCGGCGCAACGAAGUUACAACCCUAGCUGCCAAUCUUCUACUCGGUUUCUAUGAAGUGAUGAGUGCAGAGACCUCAAAAUGGAAUAUUCACUUGUCCGGAGCACGAGUCUUGGCAAUGGAGAUUGACUUCGCCGGAAAGACACGCAAGAUCAGAGCAUUACGGGCGCAGGCCAAAUGCCGACUUGCACAGCUAGACCUGGAGAACCGGCCAGAUUACAUUCAAUAUAGUGGAAUACCAGAGAGUCUACUUUCAGACAGGGAUUGGGAAAUUGAUGAAGGUCUCAUCAGCACUUUCACAGGGUAUGAAGUAAAGUAUGAUUAUCAAUAUCAGACGAAUAUCAGUCAGCCAACGCACGAGAAUUCGGACUUUACCGCUAAAGACGUAGAGCUUUACAAAAUGCAGGCCGAUCUUUACUGGUGGUACUGCAAACAGGAUAUAUUUCAAAGCAUGCUCAGUGGGAACAGAUUGUUGAUGCGGUACGACCAUUGGGUAUUCUGCCCACCUCGAGGACAGCUGGGUCAGCUCGAUCUUAUCUACGCUACUAUGGACCAUUUGUGCCUUGUGUUGGCGAGACUCGCAGACUUUGGGGGCAAAGACCAGGUACGGAAGCGAAGGUCAAUGGCAGCGCAGAAUUCUCAAAAAGCACAGCCGAGCGCUGACACAAAGACACCCCCUGGACCCCCCUCAGCUGGCCAGGGGCCACCGGUGGGAUACAUGCCAACACCUGAAAACCCCCUGCCAAUGCACUCCGCUUGGGCAACACUUUCGGCAAACCUCAACGACGCAGCCUUCACCUCACCUACGUUCGCCCCAUCCCCUCCACAAACCACCGAAACCGAAAACCUGGAAGCUGAGACCCUCGCAGCCCUGGCAGAGCAUACUGCCAUAUUUCACGCCCUCGACCUGUUCGAGACCUCCCUACCACCUGAGUAUCAGCCUCUCCCCCCAGACGUUGCCCCACCCAUCAGCACCCCGUUUGGCCCUGCGCUGCAAUAUCGCACCCACACCAUCGCCUGCAUCUGGGCCUUGUACUAUGCCGGCCGCAUUCUACUUCACCGCUUGCAUCCUCACAUGCCCCCAGCAGCCAUGAUCGCGGCUCAAGUCGUCGCCGCGCAGACAACGUCCUAUGCCCAGCGAAUCGGCAAGAUCUGCGCGGGGCUCUACUACCCGCAAGAAUACAACCUUCAGACUGGAUCUCUCAAUCCUAGUCUCGGAGGCGCCUUGAUCGAGAGCACUUUUUCACUCUUCUUCGCUGCUAUACAAUUCCAAGACCCUGCGCAACGAGGCUGGACGAUCAACAAGCUGAAGGAGAUUGCAAGGUUGAGCGGAUGGCAGACCGCUGCUGCCGUCGCGGCUGGGUGUGAAUAUUCGUGGGAAGCUAUGGGUAAAGCUGGGAGGGGCCCACCAUACAGACCAACAAUGGAUUGGAGGAGUAAGGAUGACAGAGUAGGGGAUAAAGUGUUGAAGAAUCAGGCCAAGGCGGCUGCGGCGCAGCAGAAAGAGAAGAACAGAGAGGCCCAAGAAGCGGAGGAAGCGGAGAGGGCGGGGAGGGAGAGAGAGGAACAAUACUUCGUUGCUGCGGGUAAGGAUGGGCCGCCGCGUAGGAGCAGGAGCAGUAAGUCGAAUCAGGGGGGUAGUGGGGAGCCGAGCAAGGUAGGAGAAGAGGAAGAUGAGCCGGCGGCUAUCACCCAUGAUCGGAAGACGAUUGGCACGAAUCCCUAUGCGAGGACACAUUGGGCUUUGGGCUUGCUGGCGCUGGAUGAAGAUAUUGCUAAGAUUGACUUGGGCAAAAAGGGGUAA